AUGUCUAACUUGCCCUCCGCAUCUUCAGGCUUCGGCUCCAAUACGAACACUGGCGGCAGCAUCUUCGGUGGCGCAAACAACAACACAGCAGGUGGCAUGUUCGGCGGCAGCAGCAACAACAACAACAACGCCAACACGGGUUCUCCAUUCGGAGGCGGAGGAAACACCAGUGGUGGUAUUUUUGGUCAGAACAAAGCUACUGGGUUCGGUUCGACCAAUAAUGCGUCCGGCACGGGGGGUUUAUUCGGUGGAGGUAGUACCUCUGGUGGAUUUGGUACGAACAACGCCUCUGGUGGAUUUGGUACGAACAACGCCUCUGGUGGAUUCGGCUCAUCAACGUCCGGAGGCUUUGGCGCGAACAGCAACAGCAACACGAACAAUGGCACCGCAGGACCGCCUUUCCAGCCCUUCACCGAGAAGGACCCAGGAACAGCAAACGCUUCGGCUCAAUACCAAACGAUCACGUUCCAACAACCGUACUCGAAUUACUCGCUAGAAGAGCUUCGUGUAGUGGACUACGCCCAAGGACGCCGUUAUGGCAAUCAGAAUGGCCAAGCAGGCGCAUUUGGACAGAGCACUGGGUUUGGAGGGUUCGGAUCGAACAGCAAUACGACCACAACUUUCGGUGCGAACAACACGAACACGGGUGGUGGUCUGUUCGGCAGCCAGAAUAACACCACUAGCACACCUUUCGGCGGUUCCAACACGACCUCCGCGUUUGGUAGCAAUAAUAAUAGCAGCGGUGGAGGCAUCUUCGGUCAGAACAAGCCUGCAGGCGGUCUAUUUGGUGGAAGCACGACGACACAACCUGGCGCAACUGGUGGACUGUUUGGCAGUACCAACAAUACUAGCAAUCCUUUCGGGUCCGCGAACACAAACAACGCCUUCGGUGCCUCGACUAGCAACACUGGCGGUGGUCUCUUUGGUCAAAAUAAUGCUACGCAAAACAAGCCUGCUUUCGGAGGCUUCGGUAGCAACACCUCGACCACUAACAGCAACCCCUUUGGAGGCAAUACCACGAACACAAGCGGUGGACUUUUUGGACAACAGAACCAGACUUCCAGCACGCCUGCAUUUGGCUCCAACACGCAAACGUCCACAAACACUGGCGGCGGCCUGUUCGGCGGCAAUAACAACACCGCGAACACGGGUGGUCUUUUUGGUCAAAACCAGCAGACCCAGAAUCAGUCGACUGGUGGUCUCUUCGGCGGAAGUCUCGGACAAACCAACCAAAAUCAACAGAAGCCAAGCCUUUUUGGUAGCUCUACGGCCAAUACCGGUGGUGGCUUGUUCGGAGGCACUCAGCAGAACCAGGCGCAGAGUGGUGGAGCUUUUGGUCAGAACAAGCCUGGUGGACUAUUUGGAGGCGCUAAUAGCCAGCCGUCGGGAGGGCUUUUCGGCAACUCCACCACAAACAGUUCCAACACUGGCGGCGGCCUCUUUGGCGGUCUAGGAAGCCAGGCCAAUCAGCAAAAUUCUGGCAACAGCCUUUUUGGAGCUUCGAACAACCAGCAGAAGCCCGGGGGCUUGUUCGGUGGACCUACAGCUACCAACACGAACACUGGAGGCGGCUUGUUCUCAGGUCUCAACCAGAGCAACAACAAUGUGGCUCCUCUUGGAGGCUCUCUGCUUGGUGGCAAUCAGGCCCAACAGCAGUCUAAUCAGCAGCCCAUGAACAACAGCUUGUUUGGUGCAUCUGCCAAUUCUCUGCUGAACACGUCGAUGACCACUAACCCUUAUGGAAAUGAUCCUCUCUUCGCCGGUCUGUCUACGCCUCUGCAAAGCCCCGGCCCGCUUGCUACACCUCUGUCCAGCAGCCAAAAGAACAAACGCAGCGCGAUACUUCCGCAGCACAAGUUGAAUCCUUCCCAGUCCACACGCCUUCUGACGCCGCAAGGAAAGCGGAACGGAGGCUAUGGAUUUACAUACUCGACUUAUGGAACACCUAGCAGCACGCAAUCCAGCCCACUCGGUGGCAGCUUGUUCAGUAGCGGUAGCCUCUCUCGUCAUCUGGGCAAGAGCUUGUCGUCGAGCAAUCUGCGUAAUAGCUUUACUGCCGAUACGAGCGUCCUUGCUCCAGGCGCUUUUUCGAUGACUGGCCGACCUUAUGGAACUGGCAGCUUGAAGAAGCUAAACCUCAACCGAAAUCUUAAUCAGCGACCCGCACUGUUCGAGGACUCCGCUCCGAAGCGUGUGAGCUUCGUUGCGGCGAGCCCUGAGGUUCUCCCGAAUGGCUCUGCAACUAACGGCGAACCCAGCUCAACAAGCAACGCUUUGGUUGUACGUGAUGACGUGGAAAAUGCAUCUCCUCCGAUGGUCAACGGUACGAGCAGCAGCAGUCGUAAAGGCAAGAGCCCCGAAAUGGAGCAAGUCAACGGUGCUGAUCUGACGCCCGUCCCCGAAAAUCGGACUUUGCAACCUCGCACGUCCGCGUCGCUGAACAUUCAAAACGGCCAGACGAUUGAUCCCACCCCUGGCGGUUAUUGGUCUGAACCCAACCUAGACGCCCUCAGGAAGAUGAGUCCCGGUGAGCUCAAAAACGUCUCCAACUUUGUUGUAGGUCGGGACAAGGUUGGCAAGAUCGAAUUCAACCAUGGCAAGCCUGUGGAUUUGUCAAGCACACCGCUCGACAAAUUGUUUGACGAUAUAAUUUCGCUCAACCAUCGUAACGCGACUGUCUACGGCGAUACUUGCACCGUUGCAAAACCACCUCUUGGGUCCGGACUGAACCAGCCUUCACGCAUCACUAUGGGUAAUUCGUGGCCUCGUGGUGCCAAUCGCGCAGGCAAGCAGCCUGCAAAGCAUAUUGAACGCCUGAAGCGAGUAAAUGGGACCAGCUUCGAGAAAUACGAUAACGAGACUGGGGAGUGGGUCUUCAGCGUUCCGCACUUCUCCUCGUACGGCUUCCAGUACGAUCAGCCCGAGGAUCUUGAGUCUAGUGGAUUAAGCCCGGUACCGGAAACUCCUGCUCGUCUGGGUAGUAGCCAGAUGACCAGCACACCACAAGACUCCAUCCCUAGCGCGACUCAGUCUAGCCCUGAUGAUACCUUCGACUUCAAGCGGGGUCUGUCUAAGCGCACUAUUGUUCCAGGACAAUUUGAUGACGACGUAGCCUACGAAGAGGACGAUGAUGAUGAGAUGGAAGAGACCCAGGGUGAUUCUUUUUUAGGGGAUCGCUCCGUGGGUUCGCUGGAUGGUCAGCAUGACUAUCUUGAAGAAAGCGAAUCUGAGUCGGUCGAAGAUCAGGAAAUGGCUGAUUCUGCAUCUGGGCCGAUUCGUACCACGGAGCAAGACGUUACCAGGCAAGCUGAUCCUUCCAAAGACUCUGUCAAGCCAAAGUCAAUUUUGAAAGCAAGCCAUCUACUUCGCCCUACGUCAGAUACCCCUUCCAAAGGAGCGACGGUGUUUGACGAUAAUUGGGCAAACGCUUUGCAGCGCACGAUUAGCCCUCGGAAGCAGGAUCGACAAGCUCUCCGAGAAAGUCAAGGUGACGCACUCCGCGAGCGUGGCAACAACACAGCCAGUCUAGCACAAUCACUUGGUGUACGGAAUACGAAGGCUACUAUGAGCCGAAUGGAACUUAUGGAUUCUCUUUUUGGGGAGACUAGCGCACAGAAGGAUUCCACUUUGAAGCGAGUUGGACACGGCAUCCAGAUUGAUGCCCAGGACUUCGUUCCAUUUUACCCUUAUGCGAAGCGACCCAAAACUGCCAAUGAUCUCGAUCAAUUGACCGUUACGGACAAGGAAUUCCACAGCUGCGUCAAACCUCAAUUCGGCGGAACCGGGAUCCUAAUAUACGUGGGUAAGAGCGCAGGUGCUACAAGUGGAGACGUCUAUGAAUGCGAUCGGGCUCCCAUCGCCGGAGCUCAGAAAGACGUUCGCUUCAAGCGACUGCCCACGUUCACCGAUGCUGCCCCACCUACAAUUGUUGUUCAGAAGGACCACACCAGGGUUUUUGACUCUAACGAGGUUCCACAAGCGAAGCUGAAGACCGAACCUUGCCCAUUAGACUUUUCGGAAAUGGCUGAUGCUGUUCCACUUGGUACCGCGGCUGGGGUUCAGGAACAUAAGGCAUGGCAACUGCUUUCAUUGCUUUUUGAUGGCGGCAGUCAAAUUCCUUCAGGCAUACCCAAGGAGGAGGAGGAGCAAUGGCUGGCCCAGGAUCGCAAGGAGCGCCUGUCCCGCUUCUGGCAGUCUCUCGUCUUUGAAGAUGCACAAACUCACGCGAAAGAAGCCGCAACGCACGAGGAGAAGGCGUUAGCCUACCUCAGCUGUCAUUCCAUCGCGGAUGCUGUCACAACGCUAUUCCACGCGUCGGACCUGCGCCUUGCCACUAUCGUUUCGCAACUUGGUGGAGACGCCGCGGUGCGUCAAGAUAUGAGUGUCCAAGUUGACGAAUGGAGAAAGAUGGAUGAGCUCGCCGAGAUGGACGAGCCUGUUCGAGCUUUGUACGAGCUUAUUCAAGGCAACUGCGCAGAAGCAGAGGGCAAGACGGGAGUCGGACGGGAGAAUAAAACAUCCACCUUCAAGAUCGCCAGCCGCUUCCACCUGGACUGGCGACGUGCCUUUGGCCUUCGUCUCUGGUACCAAGCAAUGGUCGAUGAGCCUAUUGAAAUGGCUGUUGCGCAGUUUGCGGACGCUUCGCGCGACGGGAAAGAAGAUGUUAAGCCAAUUCCAUGGUUCAUCGAGCAAGGACUUAACAUGGGCUGGAGCGAUUCACAGCAAGCACAGCGAGAGGACCUUCUCUGGGGCAUACUUAAGCUAUACGCCUCGUCGAAAAUGGAUAUACCUACUAACCUUGAAGACGUUUUGGCACCAGAGAAUGUGUCAGGCCAUCCGCUCAAUGCGCGCUUAUCGUUUCAACUCUUCCAGAUGCUCUACUCUCGUAGAACCGAUCCAUCUGAAGAGGAUGAUCGCAUAGUUGAGAUGCCUACCUCCCGUGAUUAUGUAGGUGGCGGUCCAACUCUUCUGUCUUCUGUCAACUCUACAAAUGGGAUCGAGCAGGCAGAUGAUCCGCUCAUCGAGCUCGGCGACAAGCUCACGCUUGCUUAUGCAGCCUCAUUGCAUACUUCCGAGCACUGGACGACCGCUGCUUGGGUGUACACUCACCUCUCCAACGCCGCCAUGCGCUCACACCAUAUCCGCUCGCUUCUCAACCAAUUCUCCAACACGUAUGAGAUUGCACAAACCGAUCCAACUUACGAAGCACUGUUGAAGUUAAGCAUCCCUCAUCAGUGGAUGCAUGCAGCAGCUGCUUUGCAGGCUCAGUCUGAUGGCGAUGCACUCCGCCAAGCCGCGCACCUCAUCAAAGCAGAUGAGCUUCAAGAGGCGCACGAAGUCCUCUGCCGCAGCGUGGGUCCAAAUGCCAUUAUCUCACGCCACCUUGAUCCACUUCGCGAGCUCCUGGGCGGCUUCGAGGAUGGUCGGACAGCAGAAACAAUCACGGGCUGGGUUCAAGGCGGUCAGAUCUACUUCGACUACAUACAUUUGCUCGAUCUCACGGAGCAGCGCAAUCCUUACCGCCCAGAUGACAAGCUCAUUCAUGAUAUCCAUGAGCUACUGAGGAAGUUGCAGCAGAGCCUUGAGAACGUGGCAACCGACCGAUGGGAUGGCGUGAGUCUGGAGGAGCGUGUUGCACUGAGCGAGAUCGCGGGCACGGUCGCCAAUUUGAUGGCCAGGAACAAGGUACGUGAGAUGCAAAGUACAAUGCAUGGUAAUGAGCUAAUGAUAAUGCAGCUUACGGAUCGUGCAAGUGUCCUGCGGCUUCCGCUCACCGAGGACCUAUGGCUUCGACACUCGGUCGAUCUUUCUACGAGCUACUACCGCAACGCGGUCGCUUAG